AUGUCUGCCCUCGCCGCCCUCCGCCCCCUCGCUCGCGCCUCGGUCGCCCGCACCACCGCGGUCCGCACCAUGGCCUCGUCCUCCAAGUUCCCCGUCUACAACUGGGAGGACCCCCUCAACAUGAACUCGCUCCUUACCGACGAGGAGCUCGCUGUCCAGGAGACUGCCCGCAACUACGCCCAGGCCGAGCUCCUGCCCCGCGUCACCGAGGGCUACCGCAACGAGACCUUUGACAAGGACAUCAUGACCGGCAUGGGUGAGCUCGGUCUCCUCGGCCCCACCAUUGAGGGCUACGGGUGCGCCGGUGUCUCGAACGUUGCCUACGGCCUCAUCGCUCGCGAGGUCGAGCGCAUCGACUCUGGCUACCGUUCCAUGAUGUCGGUCCAGUCGUCGCUCGUCAUGCACCCCAUCCACGAGUUCGGCUCCGAGGCCCAGAAGGACAAGUACCUCCCCAAGCUCGCCAAGGGCGAGUGGAUCGGUGCCUUUGGCCUCACCGAGCCCAACCACGGCUCGGACCCCGCCGGCAUGGAGACCACUGCCACCAAGACCAAGGACGGAUGGGUCCUCAACGGCUCCAAGACCUGGAUCUCGAACGCUCCCGCCGCCGACGUCUUUGUCAUCUGGGCCCGUGAGGUCAUUGACGGCCAGAAGGGCAAGAUCCGUGGCUUUGUCGCCGAGAAGGGUAUGGAGGGUCUCUCGGCCCCCAAGAUUGGCCACAAGCUCGCUCUCCGUGCCUCGGUCACCGGCUCCAUCUUCAUGGACAACGUCCAGCUCGGCGAGGACGCUCUCCUCCCCAAGUCGGGCGGUCUCGGCUCCCCCUUCUCCUGCCUCAACUCUGCUCGUUACGGCAUCUCGUGGGGUGUCAUUGGCGCUCUUGAGGACUCGAUUGCCCGUGCUCGCGACUACGCUCUUGAGCGCAAGCAGUUUGGCCGUCCCCUCGCCUCGUUCCAGCUCGUCCAGAAGAAGCUCGUUGACGCCCACGCUACCGCUACCCUCGGUCUCCUUGGCUCGCUCCAGCUCGGCCGCCUCAAGGACCAGGCUGGCGAGUGGUCCCCCGACAUGAUCUCGCUCAUGAAGCGCAACAACUGCGGUAACGCUCUCCAGCAGGUUCGCGUUCUCCUCGACAUCUUUGGCGGCAACGCUUGCUCGGACGAGUACCACGUCGGCCGCCACGAGGCCAACCUCCAGGUCUGCAACACCUACGAGGGAACCUACGACAUCCACGGCCUCAUCCUCGGCAAGGCCAUCACUGGCAUCCCUGCUUUUGCCAACUAG